GGGUCCUGGGUGGGGUGGAGGACGGGGCCUACAGGUUCAGGCGGCUGCUGUUGUGGACGGUGUCUGCGGACCGGGGUGGGAGCGCAGCUGCAGCAUGCCGCUGUUUGAAGGGCUGGGCACCGGGGGCGAGAAGACGGCUGUAGUGAUCGAUCUGGGAGCCGCAUACACAAAAUGUGGUUUUGCAGGAGAAACUGGACCAAGAUGCAUUAUUCCCAGUGAAAUCAAGAAGCCAGGUGUAUCCCAGGCUAUUAAAGUAGUUCAAUAUAAUAUCAACACUGAAGAACUUUAUGGUUAUUUGAAAGAAUUUAUUCACAUGCUGUACUUCAGACACUUGCUAGUAAACCCAAGGGAUCGGCGAGUUGUUGUCAUUGAAUCAGUUCUGUGUCCAUCACACUUCAGAGAAACACUCACUAAAGUUUUCUUUAAGCACUUUGAGGUUCCUUCAGUGCUCUUUGCUCCAUGCCAUCUUGUGUCGCUGCUGACUCUUGGUAUCAAUUCUGCUGUGGUUUUAGAUUGUGGAUAUACAGAAGCACUAGUAUUGCCUAUAUAUGAAGGAAUUCUGAUUUUGAAUGCAUGGGAAGCACUUCCACUGGGAGGAAAAGCAAUCCAUACGGAGUUACAGUCUCGGUUAUUAGAAGAAUGCACUGUGGACACUGGAACUAACACCGGAGAAGGCUUAGCAGCUGUGAUGAGCUCACUUCCAGAAGAUACAAUAGAGGAUAUAAAAGUUCGUACUUGCUUUGUCAGUGAUCUCCAGCGGGGUCUAAAAAUUCAAGCAGCCAAGUUUAACAUUGAUGGAAAAGCUGAACGCCCACAACCACCACCUGAUGUGGCAUACCCAUUGGAUGGAGAGAGGAUUUUGCAUGUCAAAGGAUCUAUCAGAGAUUCUGUAAUUGAAAUUCUUUUUGAACAAGAUAAUGAAGAAAAAUCUAUCGCUGCUUUAAUCCUUGACUCACUUUUACAGUGCCCUAUUGACACAAGAAAACAACUAGCAGAAAAUCUUGUGAUCAUUGGUGGAACUGCUAUGCUGCCCGGCUUCCUGCAUCGUAUUCUGGAUGAAAUUCGGUAUCUGGUGCAAAAACCAAAAUACAAAGAUGUGUUGGCUACAAAGACUUUUAAAGUUCAUACUCCACCAGCAAAACCAAAUGCUGUGGCUUGGUUGGGAGGAGCCAUUUUUGGUGCUCUGCAGGACAUAUUAGGUAGCCGUUCAGUCUCCAAAGAAUAUUACAACCAGACAGGUCGUAUUCCUGACUGGUGCUGCUUGAAUAACCCACCGCUGGAAAUGAUGUAUGAGACCAGUAAAGCUCCUCCUCCAUUGAUGAAGAGAGCAUAUUCCACGGAGAAGUAGAGAGCUUCAUGGUCUCUGGCAAACUAGUUUCUAAGUUAUGUACUGUUUUAGAAUUACAUUGUAUGCCUAGAUUUUCAUAAUAAUGUUGCUCAAAAUAUCUACAUAUUAUAUAAAUAUGUUUGAUCAGUUACUUGAUAUUCUUUAAUGUUCUUAACUAAAACAUUGCAUGUUUCCAAAAUGUAUGUUACUAUCUAAAUGCUAAAAGCUUAAGAGAAGUAUGGCAUUAAAUUAAUGCUGUAAGUGCUACUGAAGAUAAUUUUUUUUGGGCCCGGUUGAUGAUAAUAGUUUGAAUUUGCAGAUGCUUGACUGGAAGUCUAUUCUGCUGCAUAAAUACUUUUUGGGUCCAAAGUUUACAAAAAUAAAAGUUCUCAAGACCACACAAAAUUUAUCUUAGUUAUGAAAUGUAAAGCCAUGUUUUCUGAAUAUUUGUUUGUUACUGUUCUGUGGAGUACAACAUUUUCUUAAUUGGGAAAACCACAUUUUAAACAAAUACGUACAUUUACAAGAUUUACAUUCCUAAAAAAUCAAUCUUGACUAGUCAGUACAUAUGAGUAUUGAAAUUUUGCAGAUCUUUCCAUGACAAAGAAAGUUGGAUUCCAUUUCCUUAUGUUUAUGUCCCCUUUUUUCAAAAACCACUUCUUUCACCAAGGUCUUAGUCAUGCCUCAGUCAUCUCCUUUGAUGUCUAUUUUUGCUUUUUGAGCGAUGUUGAUUAAACCACUGAAGUAACCUAUAAC